GCAGUUGCACAGAAGCAGCACAGGGAGAGCGCGUCAGUCGCACUGAGUCUCCGGCACCGAGAAGCUCCAGCUGCUCCCUCCGCCCGGCGCCCCGUCCCCCCGCUGCCCGGGUCCGACCCCCACACAGGGGAGAGACACCCCAACAUUCAGCCCAGCGCCCCCCUUAUCCCCCGGAGCCCGGGCUGGAGGCUUCAUGGUGGGGCUGCCGGACCUCACCUGACUGCAGGCGGACCCCCAAUGGUUAAAGAUUUCCCCCUCGGAGCCCUUUGAAGCGGCGGAUUUAAGGGGAAUUAUGGCUCAUCAGCAACUCGGGCGCCUAAUAACUUAAGUCUGUGCAGAGCGAAAAAUCCCACCAUCCCUUGGUGGUUAAUGGAGAGGAGGUCGAAUGACAGCCGGGACUGUGGUCAUCACCGGUGGAAUAUUAGCGACUGUAAUCCUUCUCUGUAUUAUAGCCGUUCUCUGCUACUGUAGACUCCAGUAUUACUGCUGCAAGAAGGAAGAUUCAGAAGAAGAUGAGGAAGAACCUGACUUUGCCGUCCAUUCCCGUUUCCCUCCCAUGCACAGCAACCGGAAUAUAGUCCUGGCCAACGGUCCUUCCAUCUACUCCUCCCCUUACAACAAGAAGCACCAACACUGCAGGAGCGUCUGCACCCACCAUGAACCUCCGGCUUUUCUCCUGCACCCCCCCGAGGAGAUCCGCAAUGGAGGGGAACGCAUUGCCUACAAGACCAUCAGCCAGGAGGAGAUUGAACUUCCGGUUAAUGUGAGCAACUUGCAGGUCCUCAAUCCCAACCGCUUAUCCGCCAUGAGAGAAGCCUUUUCCCGCAGUCGCAGUAUAAGCACUGACGUGUGAGGCCAUGGAACCGCCAACUGGGUUGACUUGAUCCCAGCUACUUUGGGCCGCCCAACGCCACUGAUGUACCAUAGGAGAAGCCUAUUCCCACAGUGCGAGGCCCAUAGACCUGCCAACUGGAUGGACAUGAUCCAAGCUCUUCUGUUCUUCAGCCUGACGGUACCAAUUAUCCACGCUACUUUGUUCUUUGGGCAGCCUGACUCUACCAAUUAUCUUCUUUUUGAAUCCAGUUCCUUAGGCUUGGUGGAAAAAAAAGAACCGAUGGAAAAUGAAAUUCUAAAAUGAGGUGGAUAAUUCUCGCAUUUGUGCAACGAAGCAAAAAGAACAAAUAAGAAAGAAAAACAACAAAAAGCACAGUACGAUCCCUAUAGCAAAAAGCCUCCCCAGCCAGUGCUUGUUACGCCCCCGCCCCGCUCCCUAUUUAGUUCUCCGAGGCUUUUCCAUGGAGUGAAAUAUGUUUUCAACUGAUGAAUGUAUUUAUACAACAUGUACAGAAAAUAUAUAAUCACAAAUAUUCGUCAAAAAAAGAGUGGGGGGGGUUAAAAAUAUUGAGGAACCUUUCAGCAAAAAUGGGGCAAUUGGAGUGUUUUUGUUUUAUUUUUUCAAAGCUAUACAAAUAUCAGAAGGCUGGGGUUUUCCCUAUUGUGCAAUUUUGUAUCUGUAACCACGGGGGGGGGGUUCUAUUCAUGGUUAGUAUUGUUUUUGAGGUUGAGUUCCGUCUUUUUUCCACCCCCCCCACCUUUGGAGAAGUUCUUCCAUUGAAUUUUUAAUACAAGAGGAGGGUGAAUGUAGAGAAGAAUCACCGGGAGAGUAAAAAAGGGGUGCGAUUGAUCGUUAUUCGAGAGGAACUAGAUUUUGUAUACAAUUAACGGUUUUUAGAAAGGGGGGAGGGGCCUAAAGCCAGUUUUUCGUAUGAACAUAAUAAAAGAUUGUGUGAAUAGCUGCUUAUACUGUUGGAAACCCCCCCCUGUUUUUUCAUAUGAUUGGUAUUUGCCAGUUUGUAGUAACCUGUACCCCCCCCCCCGCAUGGUGCUUCCGCUUUCCUAUUGGGUGUAGCAGAGAGCCGGGGGUAAUGCCCAGGGGCAUGUAUGGAUCAAUAACUCUGGGUCAGGUCGGUUACGGUACCUGUCGUUCUUCCAAUAUUCCGACUGCAAUUUUUUUUUUAUUUUCGAGCGCCGACGACUCUACUGCACAAUAAUAUCUAUCAAAAUGUCUGCCGAGUGGGCGUGUCUCUCUCAGGGAUCGUCAUCAGACGAGGGAAUUAAUAUACAUUAGAUCACAUGACACUACAAGCCAUUAACCAUUGCCAGUUUCUUGGUUAAAUAUGGUUUUGAAUUAACAACUGGAUAUUUAUUUU